CAAUGGCCACGAGGUGUCCGCCCAAGAGUUGGUCCCGCAGUUGACGCUCGCGUUUGAGAGCAAUUGGCACCGAAUGGAGACGUUUCCCAUCACUCGUGUGAGACUACCGCCGAUGAAGACAUCGCACGACACGACACCCAUUGGCUACAAAGAGGGACAGGAGGUGGAGGUGUUGUCGGCCGCGCAGACGGGCGAACACCAGGGCUUCUGGAAGGCUGUCAUCAAAGAGAUCAAGGGCGACUUCUAUGUAGUCUCGUGUUUGCCGAUCGACACCAAUGAGUCGACAAUGGAUCUCAAGAACUAUACGCUGGACGACAUCUACACCGCCGAUAAGAUUCGUGCCAUUAAUCCCAAUCCAUACCUAUCGGUGAAUCCAUUCUUCAAGUUAGUCAUCGAAGUGCCCAACGAUUUGAUCGCUAAGAACCUGGAGUUGAUUCAGAAGAGCCAAACGCACGAACACUUCCGGAGGGCUUUGGCCUUCAUUUCGGUGACAUUCGUGGAUCACCUCAAGAGUCUGGUGUGCAUUUGGUUGGCCCCCAAUCCCAUCGACCAUUGGAUCCAAAUAACCAAACGUCGAGCUCUGGUUCUGUCGGAAAUC